CUGCCGUAUCCCGCUGUCGUUGCUCAUCUCCCUGCCGCAAUGAAGUUCUCUGUCUUGUCGGUCUUGUCUGUCCUCAGCUUUGUACAAACCGGAGUGCUCGCCGAUCCAACCCUCAGCUAUCUCCCAGUGAACACAGUCUACUCGUUCCCAUAUGCCUCGAGCGUCAAUAUCAACACCCCAAGUUCAUCCAUCAAGACGCUCUUUCUCGCGAUACAUGGAAUUGCCGGCGAUGUCGAGACCACAUUCAACAACAUGGUUUCCCUGACUUCAUACGACUCAUCCAUCGCCGUCAUCGCCCCAUACUUUGCUUGUGAUGACUCCAUUCCCGUCCAGCCCAAAACGCUGAUGUUCGACUGCAAUGGCUGGCAGCAAGGCACCCCCAGCACCCAACUGUCGUCGAUAUAUUCCUUCACCGUGGUUGACCGCCUACUCCAGACAGCAAGGUCCAGCUUCUCCAACCUGGGUCAGAUCUAUAUCGUCGGCAACUCGGCUGGCGGUCAGUUUGUGCAGCGCUACCUGGGCUCCUCGACCGUUGCCCUGUCGUCCAAGCUCAACACAGCCGUCAGCUUUGUUAUCAGUGCCCCAGGCAGCUACCUCUACCUCGACAACCACAGGGUCGCCAGUAAAAUGUCCUUCAAGGCCAUAUCAUCGGCCUGCCAGCCCUCGAGCUGCACCCUCAGCAACAGCGACUUUGAUAGCAACUAUGGCUCGAGCGCCUCUUGUUCCAGCUACAACUCGGACAAGUAUGGGCUGGACGGCCUGCAACUCCAGAGUCCUCCAACAUACAUGUCGCAGUUCUCAGGACCGUCGAUUGUUUCGCAGUACCUGAGCCAAAAGACCACUUAUAUGGUUGGGGAUCAGGAUGUGUCGACGUCGUCUGUGCUGGACAGCUCAUGCGCGGCCGUUGCGCAGGGCCAGAACCGGCUGCAGCGCGCUCUGGUCUUCAACCGGUACAUCAAGCUAUUCUUCCCCCAGGCCUCGUCCCAGCUCUAUGUGGUUUCCGGAUGCUCCCACGACGAGGUCUGCGUCUUCCGGUCGCGCGAGUUUGCAGCCUCAACCAAUCUCAACUUUCUCAAUCUGCCGUCCACGGCCAACUCGUGGGGUGCGCCGAGUGCACUGGGCCAGAGCCUGCUGUCUGUGCUGUUCUGCACCGUUGCUGCUCUCUUCUGGAUGGCCGUUGUAUAGAGCGGCGAGUAUCCUCACACGAUGCUAGUUUGACCAUAUUCCCUCGUUUAUGUGGGCACAUCCGACAGCAGGCAGGGCAGGUGCGGGUUCUCGACCUUGUCUCCCGCUGUCGCCUCCACAAUACAUGCGCUCUACCUGGCGCUGAUUCUCUGAUA